AUGCGGUUUAGUCUUUCGUAUUCGGAGAUUAUGAUUGUUGAUCAGUUGGAGGUGUUGCUGGAGUCGGAUCUGACUACGUUGAGUAUUGUUGUAUGGGGAGUUCAUCCAUGGAAGGGUUAUGGAUUGGGUUCGGUAGUGGAUAUGUCACCUAAUCUAAGGACAUUUUUUUGCGGGGGGAUCAACGGUGCGCAGAUCGUAGGUUAA